AAAAGACCCGGAGGAUGUAUACGAGAGUAGUGUAGUGAAGAAUCUUCGCCGAUGGACAUCAAAAACGAUGCAAAGUGUACCUCGAAAAGAAAAGCAGACUAUGGAAGGGACGGCCUUUAUCUUGUUGGGGAAGAUGAAAAAAGUAAAGCCUCUGAUGCCAGAAAGUACACGGAGACCACAACCAAAACGGAAAGUUCAAGAUUUCUUAGUGAAUUUGAAGAGGAUGAAUUGAUUGCAGAGGAGGAAAAAGUUGGAAAGGGAACAGAGAAGAAGGAAAAGAAGAAAAAGAAGAAAGAUCAACUAGAUGAGCUUAUGGCAAUGAUGCCUACAAUGACGGAGGCUGUAACCAAGGCGGCAAAGGCACAUGAAAAAGCCGUUUCAAAGUGGCGAGGGUUGUCGAUCUCUGACUCUGAUUAGCGAGUUGGAUGAUACUAUAUAUUGACGUGUUAUUGUUCACAAUAAAGUUUUUCUGUUCUCUUUGUU